AUGGCGGCAGCGAAGGGGAGCCUCUGGGUCAGGGCCCAACUGGGGCUCUCGCCGCUGCUGCUGCUGCUGACUAUGGCCCUGACCGGAGGCUCGGGGACCGCUUCGGCUGAAGCUUUUGACUCGGUCUUGGGUGAUACGGCGUCUUGUCACCGGGCCUGUCAGUUGACCUACCCCUUGCACACCUACCCCAAGGAAGAGGAGUUGUACGCAUGUCAGAGAGGUUGCAGGCUGUUUUCAAUUUGUCAAUUUGUGGAUGAUGGAAUUGAUUUAAAUCGGACCAAAUUGGAAUGUGAAUCUGCAUGUACAGAAGCAUAUUCCCAAUCUGAUGAGCAAUAUGCUUGUCACCUUGGUUGCCAGAAUCAGCUGCCAUUCGCUGAAUUGAGACAAGAACAACUCAUGUCCCUGAUGCCAAAAAUGCAUCUACUCUUCCCUCUAACUCUGGUAAGGUCAUUCUGGAGUGAUAUGAUGGACUCUGCACAGAGCUUCAUAACGUCUUCGUGGACUUUUUAUCUUCAAGCUGAUGAUGGAAAAAUAGUUAUAUUCCAGUCUAAGCCAGAGAUCCAGUAUGCACCACAGUUGGAGCAGGAGCCUACAAAUUUGAAAGAACCGUCACUAAGCAAAAUGUCCUCAGAUCUUCAUAUGAGAAGUUCACAUGCACAUAGGAACUAUCUUGAAGAUGGAGAACGGGAUGGUUUUUUAAGAUGUCUCUCUCUUAACUCCGGGUGGAUUUUAACCAUGACUCUUGUCCUCUCCGUGAUGGUAUUGCUCUGGAUUUGUUGUGCAACCGUUGCUACAGCUGUGGAGCAGUAUGUUCCCUCUGAGAAUGCAAUAGAAAAAGAGAGAAAAGAAGAAAGGAGGGAAAUUUGAAGAAUGGUAUGGAUUGGCAGAGACAGGAGGGUGGACAAUAUUCCCAGGUACAGACAAGAAUAAGCUACUAUCAGGGAAGGACUGUAAGCAGCUGACUUGAUUGAAGGAACUUAAAUUAGGAAAUUAAACCAAAUGAAUAAAGUUAGACAGGAUUGGGAAGAACGUUGAAUUGUGGAAGUGUUAGACAAUGGGUAAAUUUCUGUAGAACUCAUCUGUUUAUGACAUGAUCUGAACAUCCUUUUGCUAAUUACCUAUUUGUGUUCUUGUUUAGUUCUGAUAUCCAUAUUUUAAUCAUUUUAUUGUUCCUGAUAAAGUUGAAAUUACACAUCUUACAUAGGAUUGCCUUUGCCUAUUACUUGCUUUUGAACUGCCCCAUGUACUCUAAAUCCUCAUGACAACAAAGCUACAAACGCAGAGUAGUAAAUCUUUAUUGACACUGUGGUACUUUAUUCCUUCCAUUAGCACAAUUCCUUCUCUUUACUUCUAGGAUGCCCCUUGUAAAAGAAAGAUACGCGUAGAGAUUGGUGUGGUUAUUUCCUGGAAAGAUUGAAUUACUGGCCUCAGGUGGAAUUUACCUUGAUAAAAUCACCACUACCUGGCUUCUGGUUCCCAGGACUACUGACUAAUGUUGAGCAUUUUCUGCUGGACACCGUUCUAAGCAUUUUAUAUGAAUUAGCUCAUUUAGUCCUUUCAGUAACUCUGUGAGAUGGCUACUAUUAUUAUCCUCUUUUCCAGAUAUGAAAACUGAAAGAGAGAAUGUAUUAUUGCCCCAGUGUCACAUAACUAGUAAGUGGUAGAACCAGAAUUUAAACCCAGGUCAUCUGACUCCAAAGCCAGUACCCUUAAGUUUUUUAGUUAACCUGGAGUGAUCACUAGGGAAGUUGAUUAUGUUACUUGUAUCAGGAGCUCAUCUUCUGUGUAACCUCUUUUGACACUAGGAAGUUGAACACCACUGGGACCACAUGUUUCAUGUUUUUGAGCCAGGAUGCUCAAACUCUCUUACUGAAACAGUUCUUAGAUGGACAUUUCAUGGUUUUUCCUCUCUUAUCUCCUUACUUGACUUAUGGAAUUGAUCUCCUCUUCUGGUGUUGUUUAGACAUAACAGUGCUUCACAUUGUGGUUUUGGUUACAUCUUACAGACCUGGGGAUCUGUCCCUCCCUUUCAGAAUACUCUUGGUCUUUUUCUUCCUUUUAGAUGUUGUCUCUGCUGUGAUAAAUUUUGUCUUGAUUGUAUAGCUUUAAUUCUGUGAGAAGCUCUUUCCCCUUAUUUCCAAGUUGUUUGUAGAACACCUCGUUGUUCCCACAUAUGCCCAGGCCCCUGGAUCAUAAAGCCUAAAGCAUCAGAACCACACGUGGAGUCCUGUUGGCAGCUAUUACAUUCCCUCCUGAUGUCUGCAUAUGGGUGUCACUUUCUUUCCCCUCUCUAGAACUCUUCUUCCUGUCCUUAACAAUCAAAAGUAUGGUGACACCCUCAAAGAGCCUAUGCUUUCCUAAGAUACAUCUUCUAGAAAAAUAUAUCGAAAACACUUAAUUGAAUUCACUGCUUUUAGGCUUUACUUUGUAUCUGAAACCACACUUUAGCUAAGUAAUAAUGUUUUUUCAACUGUAUUUUUUUUUUUUUUUUCUGUAUGUGGGCCUCUCACUGUUAUGGCCUCUCCCGCUGCGGAGCACAGGCUCCGGACACGCAGGCUCAGCGGCCAUGGCUCACGGGCCCAGCCGCUCCGCGGCAUGUGGGAUCUUCCCGGACCGGGACACGAACCAGUGUCCCCUUCAUCGGCAGGCAGACUCUCAACCACUGCGCCACCAGGGAAGCACUCAACUGUAUUUUUAAUUAUAAAAAUUCUACAUACUUGAGAUAGAAUUUAUAAAGUUAUAUAUAAAGAAGCAGGAAAAAAAAUCACUCAUCCAGAACUAUUUCAUAUUGCCAUUUUAGUGGAUUUCUUUUCACAAUUGAAAACUGUAUAGGACUUGCCUGGCGGCGCAGUGGUUAAGAAUCCGCCUGCCAAUGCGGGGAACAUGGGUUCAAGCCCUGGUCCGGGAAGAUCCCACAGGCUGUGGAUCAACUAAGCCCAUGUGCCACAACUGCUGAGUCUGCGCUCUAGAGCCCGCGAGCCACAACUGCUGAGCCCAUGAGCCACAACUACUGAGCCUGCGUGCCUAGAGCCCACGCUCCGCAACAAGAGAAGCCACCACAGUGAGAAGCCCGUGCACCACAAUGAAGAGUAGCCCCCGCUCGCCACAACCAGAGAAAGCCUGUGCACAGCAAGAAAGACCCAACACAGCCAAAAAUAAAUAAAUUAAUUAAUUAAAUAUAUUUUAAAAAAAAAAACGUUGUAUUAACUGGGACUUCCCUGGCCAUCCAGUGGUUAAGAGUCCAUGCUUCCAUUGCAGGGGUGUGGGGUCAGUCCCUCGUAGAGGAACUAAGAUCCUGCAUGCCUCACAGCACAGCCAAAACAAAAAGGAGAAAAAACAAGCUGUAUAAACUAUUUCAAUAUUAAUGUUUUGUUUCUUAUUGUAAAAUAUAGCAGUGUAAAUACUCCUUCCCUGGUAUUUUCUCCUUUAUUUAUUGUAAAAGUAGCUGAGAAUUUAGCAUUAGGAAAUUAUUCAGAUUUUCUUAAUCAAAAGCCACCUAUUUUAAACUUUACUUUCAUAAAACCUUUUCAUUGAUUUUAUUAUUGGAACAUAAGUUACUUCUGACCCCUCUCCAUAGUAAUAUGAGACUCCACGUUAAGUAAUACAAGCAAUGAGCAAUGUUAUUUAUAUUUUGUUAUAUUAUUUAUAUAUAUAAUCCUAUGUGUUUAUAGGAAAUCAUAGACCUGCUGAGAGAAUGUUUCUCUUCAGUAUGGACCUGGUAUCUUGAGCUCAAACAUGAAAUAUAAAAAGCUUCCUUUUCAUUCACUACAAAUAAAGCUUAAAAUGGUGCUAAUAAGGGCCAGGAAUGUGGUCUUGGAAACUUAUGAGCAGCUUUAUUUUUUUUAUUUAGGAAAGUUCUGAAAUAAUUUAUCCUUAGCCUGUUUUGUAUAUAGUAGGUACUCAUCAUAUACCAUUUGAUAGUAAUGCCAGAAAGAGUUGGCAUUUGUUGAUCUUAAAGCAGUAUCAUUUUGAGUGACUUACAAAGAUUUUGAUCCUUUUUUCUCCACUGUUUUUCCCUGUUCUUUCACAUUUAUGAUGUUUUUUUGAAACUUCAUGAAACAAUGCUUUUCUCUUGUUGAGCUGUCUAUUUAAGAUAAUAAAGAGUUGUCAUUCAUAGUGGUCCUUGUCAGGCAGGUCAAACCUGACUUAUAAAAACAGGGUUCAGCAAUAUUGGAUAUUCCUUUCUAGAGACCAGGCAGCCUCAGAAAAUUGCCAAAGCCACAAAUAAUAAUACAAAUGCUGCCUCAGUGUUAUCUCAUUAUCUGUUUGCAUCCUUUUUUCUUACUUGUCAAGACCAUGAUCAUCUGAUUUCAAAUGGUUAGUUAAGAAAGGUUUUAGAAGACUUCAAAUAACAUUCAUGUUAGUAAAUCACAGACACUUAUGGAUAACAUAUGAUGUGCUAGGCCCUGUUCAAGAGAUUAGAGGUACAAUGAAGAAUAACAUGAAGGUGGAACAAAGCUGAAUGUUAAAGGCUGCAAUGACUCAAGAAGUAGGGUGGGGGCUUCCCUCAUGGCGCAGCAGUUAGAAUCUGCCUGCCAAUGCAGGGGACACAGGUUCGAUCCCUGGUCAGGGAAGAUCCCACAUGCUGUGGAGCAGCUAAGCCCAAGUGCCACAACUACUGAGCCUGCGCUCUAAAGCCCAUGAGCCACAGCUACUGAAGCCCGCGUGCCUAGAGUCCGUGCUGCACAAGAGAAGCCAUGACAAUGAGAAGCCUGUGCACUGAAACGAAGAGUAGCCCCCGCUCACCGCAACUAGUUAAAGCCCACGUGCAGCAACGAAGACCCAAUGCAGCCAAAAAUAAAUUAGGUUAAUUUUUUUAAAUAGUAGGUGAAACAUGUCUUAAACUAUAAUAAACAUUAUUUGUCUAAAAAAAAAAAGACCAAGAAUCUUGUUGUUUAGAAGCUUUAAGUCUCAAGAGAGACAAUCAGAAAACAAUGUAAAUGCCAUAGCUUUUUAAUCUAAAUUCUGUUAAGAAAAUGAGUUUUAGAUAAGAUUUAUGUACAUCUAAGAUUGCAUAACUGGUUAGUGGCAAAGGCAGGCCUAAAGCCCAAAUACAUACUAAUUGAGUUUAUUUUUAACUUUUAGAAGUAAUACGUGUGACAUAAAAUUGACUUCCUCUUCCUCACUUCUCAGAUAAACCAGUCAAUAGUUUUUAAAAAUUUUUCCAAGCAGUUGCCAUUUAAAAAUUUUAUCUUUUAUUUCUUGUUUUAUCAAUUUUAGACAUUAUCUGAUGUCCUCCUACUAAAGGAUGAGUUUAGUUCCCUUAUACUGUCUCACUUCCAUCUCUUCAGUUGCUGGGUUUUGGGUUUUUUUAAUAUAUAUAUAUAUAAAUUUAUUUCUUUUAUUUAUUUAUUUUUUGGCUGCGUUGGGUCUCCAUUGCUAUGCGCGGACUUUCUCUUAUUGAGGUGAGCAGGGGCUACUCUUCGUUGCGGUGCGCGGGCUUCUCAUUGGGGUGGCUUCUCGUUGCAGAGCACAGGCUCUAGGCGCACGGGCUUCAGUAGUUGUGGUACAUGGGCUCAGUAGUUGUGGCUCACGGGCUCUAGAGCACAGGCUCAGUAGUUGUGGCGCAUGGGCUUAGUUGCUCUGCAGCAUGUGGAAUCUUCCUGGACCAGGGCUUGAACCUGUGUCCUCUGCAUUGGCAGGCAGAUUCUUAACCACUGAGCCACGAGGGAAGCCCCCAGUUGCUGGUUUUUAUAAUGUAUAUUAUUAUUUUGUAUACAUUUAGUGAGUGCUUUACAAAUUUCUGUUGAUUCCUCAUUACUGCCUUUCCUUCUCCCUUUUUAUACUGUCUCAAUUUUCAUUAAUUAUUAUGAUUGUUGACAAUAAAAUAUACUCAUUCUUCUGUAUAUAUACUUUCAUAGGUUGAUCUGAAAAAUUAAAAUCCACUAGGCAGCAUUUACAAUAUUAUGAUUAUAUAAAUAUUCAAAGUAGAACACUGGUUCUAUUAAAACACUGGCAAAUAUAAACCUGAAUUACUUAAAAGUGUUCCCAGGAGGAUCUUCCAUAUAUCUCUGCUUAAUGGAACCCAUUUUUGUUUUGUUCUGGCUUUCUUCCCAUUUUCUAAGUCAUCUCAGUUGCUACUAUUUCUUGUAUGUUAUUUUCUUUCUUGAUUUCCUCUUUACUUUUGCUGGACCUCAUUAAGUAAUUUUUUUCAUAAAGGAUACUUGAGCAAUAAACUUCCCAAGGUAACACUUUUGAAAAUACCUCUGUUGUACCCUUGUAUUUGGUUAGUAAUUUGAGAAUACAGAGUAGCCACAGAAUCACUAAACAUACUGGUUAGAGGUUAUCCAUAUGCUCCCAUCCAUUUCCCUGCACGAAUUUUGCUCUUUCUCCCUGAUCUUCUAGAUAGCUUCUUCCAUAUAGAUGUUUGAAAUAAUUUAAACAGUUCCUGGUCACUGUUUCAAGGUUUUUAAAUGUUAAAUAGAGUUGUGAAAGUUUUUCUUUCAUUGUGCCCCAGAGCAAAUUAUCACAUGUUAAUUUGGGUUUUAAGGAGGCCUUAGUGUAUCAGAUCCAUGUCCAAUCCAUCAACCACUGAAUUUGUCUUGAAAAUAUUCUCUUACUGGAAAAGUGUCAGGUACUGGGCCACCUCCUUGGUGCAGGAUAGUUACUGCCUUGAAACAGUAGACAGCAGACCACAUCUGAAAUGUGUUCAAGUAAGCAGCCAUCAUGACAAUCACUUUUAGAACUUUUUUAUCACCCCAAAAAGGAAACUCAUACUAG